GGUACAAUACCAUGGUGGGUGAAGGUGGUCAUGAUUUGAGCGGCGGCCAAAAGCAACGCUUAAGCAUUGCAAGAGCGCUGGUGAGAAGGCCACGAAUCCUCCUGUUGGAUGAAGCGACAUCCGCGCUGGAUGCAGAGAAUGAGGCAUACGUGCAGGCAGCGCUAGAUGACCUGAUGAAGCAGAUGCAAGGCACUUGUACCAUCAUGAUCAUUGCUCAUCGCCUUUCGACCAUCAAGGAUGCAGACUGGAUCAUUGUGUUGCACGAAGGUCAAGUCGCAGAGGAGGGCUCACAUGAGCAGUUGCUUCAAAUCAAGGAUGGGCGCUAUGCUACUCUGAUAAAUCGCCAAUUGAAUGGAAAUGAUGAUGGAGACGGCGCCGGAGAGAAUGGAGAUGGGAAGAAGACGGUCUCGCAGGCAUUGAAAGAAAUGCUUCAAAUUUUGGCAGCGGUGCCAAAGGAGAAAAGAAUGGAGCUCUUCAUGGGAUUUGCUAAGGAAGCAAAGAAGCAGAGCUGAGCACGUUUACCUUGGAUUUGUUGAAUGAGGAAACAACAGAGACAACC